GUCGUGAUAUAAAAGUAGCCAAUAAUUUAUUACCAAAACACUUUGUUACUUACUAUAGUCAAAUCGAACUACUAACAUAGUUAUUAUACAUCUACUAACAUAAAAAUGAAGUGCUUCCUCAUCAGUUCUGUGUUCUUGGUUGCUCUUUUUGAUCAAAGCUUGGGUGCAAGCUUGGAGAGUACAACGUGCGACUGUAGUACAUACCAAUCUUUACCACUGGGCAUCGAAUCUUUGACUGAAAAUGAUGUAGUAGAGUCAACAUACAAUUGCUUAAAUUUGGUAUACAAUGAUGGACAGAAUAUCCAAACAGUACAACAGUGCAUCAGUUUGCUAGACUCAAAAAGUUUCUGUGCAGCGGCCGCAGCAAAGGCUCAAAUCACCAAAUGUGAAAUUUCUGGUAAUUUCGCAUUACUAAAAGAUGAAUCUGCUUCUGAUAAUCCAGCUUCUAGUCCUACAACUGUCAAUCCACCAGUAACCCCUUCUGCAGCUCCAACAGAAGCUACCUCAUCUUCAGGUGCCAGUACGGUUUCAGAUGGCAGUACGGUUUCAGAUAGCAGUACGGCUUCCGGUUCUUCAGAUGGUCCCACCAGUUCUCCUCCCACAGACAGCCCCACAGCCAAACCAAACAGCGCGGCUGGCAGUUUCUUGUACACAGCCCUGUUCCUAGGCACACUCUUCGUCAUUAUCGUUUAAGAACUAGAAAUUUUGUUUCUAAAUUAUUGACAACGCGUCACUCACUGUCAAAUAUUGUAAAUAAUUGCACGGUACUAGUUGUAAGGGAGAGUACUAUAGUUUUUUUUAAUAAAAAAUGUAUAAAAUUG